AAAAGCCUCAUGGCUGUUGAAGCCGCAAGGUUUAAAGCUGGAGAAAAAAAAGUCGCGGCUUAUAGUCCGAAAUAUGCGGUACUUCUCAGUAAUUCAUUCUGCACAGUUGUACUAUUCAUUCUUAUCAACACUUUGACGGGUUCUGUGAGCGGUACUGACAUCUGCAUACAUUUUGUAAAAUAAAGAUCUCUGAAAGUGAAAGUUUUGAUACUGACGAAGCAUCUUCGCUGAAACUUCAGAAGCACCUAUCGUCUGAUCACGAACUGGUGGCAGACGAUGAUUUUUUUUUUUUUUUUUUUUGGUCUCCAGUAACUACAUGUACUAAAACGAGGCAUAAGACUAACGGCGGAUCACUUCGCAAGAGGCUAAGCGUUGGUCUUGAAGGACAGACAGCAAGCAAUCCAUCUAUAUAUAAACGUCCUUGGUCUGAUCGACGAGAAUUUUCGCGUCCACAUUAGUCACGGCAUUUAACUUGCUCUGUUUUGAAAAUUCACAAGAAACGAUGUUGGGCAUUUGAAACUGAGGUUGAAUAGAGUUUGCUUAAAAUCAAUCGAUAAUGUAUUUUGCAGUCCCUACACAGACGUUUAGAUACUGCACACGCAACUAUGAGCCGACAACAAGACCGGAAAAAGGGAAACCCAUUAUUUGAGGUCAAGGUCGCAUGCACCUGCGCGCACCGCCACCCUUCACUAUUAAACAACUACCGUCCACGCAUGUUUUGACGAUGUCACAUCAAACAACUUAUUACGUUUGCUAAAAAAUAAUAAUGAUAUUGUCGCAAUCACUUUCUCUUAACAUCCAUCGGAUCACAAUGUUCACGAUCAUGCCACGUGUACUUAGCGAAAGGAAACUGACAAUAUUACAACUUCGUUAAAUUAGAUCGUGUAUUUUAAAGAGGCUAUAGCUAUUAUUUAAGAUAUUGUAGUCUUCGUACAGUUAAUACACAAUAAUAAAUAGUAAAAUAGGCUUGCCUCGAAGAGCUUAAUUUAAAAAAGGCAAUGAGAGAAAUUGCCAGACAGACCGUGAAUGUCACGUGAUUUGAGAAAGAGAGAGGGAAAAAAAAAAAGGUUGCGAACGAAUCAUUCGAGCGGCAGACUCGAGUCGAGAACCUGCGCCGCGUGCGCUAGACAAUGGGAAACAGACACAGUAUCACCAUCCCUUUCACCAACAGUUUUUUUUACGAAAUUACAACCAAAAGCAUAUGCUUUUCAGUAAGUUAAAUAUUUUUAUCUGGAUGGGUCAAAGAAAUUUAAAAUCACAGUUGCUAUUUGUGGAUAGCGGUCUCAGGUGGAGAUCAAUAGAGAUGACUGCUGCACUUCAUCAGAUAUCCCCAACGACUGGCAUCGAAGACAUGGUUGGUUUAUUGCUGGUAACUACUGACACCUGCCAGCAGUUGUGUGAGUAUGAGCUGCCAGUACAGUUGUCAGAACAGGCAUGUUGGAGACAGGCUACAUAAUGAAGAUAUGUCUGAAAAAAGCAGGCAUUCUCUUGCUGUUAAAAGUGAUUUCCUUGAAGAGGUUCAUGUGCGGAAGGUGUAUGAACAGAUAGCCCCACAUAUUUGUGAUUUGAAGCAACGGACUUGGCCUGGUGUGAGAGAUUUUCUAGAGUCCCUUGCUCCAGGCUCACUGGUGGCCGAUGUUGGUUGUGGAAGUGGCCGUUACCUUCAAGUUAAUCCCUCAGUCUUCAAAAUUGGCCUGGACAUCUGCCAUAUAUUUUUGGAAUCAGCAGUAGUACAGGGAUUUGAAGUACUAUCAGCAAAUAAUCUUUCUUUGCCAUUUCGAGAUGGUAUUUUUGAUGGUAUCAUAUCUAUUGGUGUUCUGCACCAUCUUGCAUCCACAGAGAGGCAGGUGAUAGCAUUGCAGGAACUUUCCCGUGUCUUAAGCACUGGUGGACGGCUGAUGAUUUAUGUGUGGGCUUUUGAACAGCGAUUUAGAAGGUUUGAAAGUCAGGAUAUUCUGGUUCCCUGGCAUCCACCACACAAGACAGAUAGGCGACAAAAUAAACGUAGUUCCUCUCUCACAUCAUCUGAUACUGAUCGAUGUAGCACUAGCUCUGCGGGAAGUUCCAUCAGUGAUGACGACUCACCAAGCAAUACAUGCUGUAUGCAGGGAUAUUCAAACAAUAUGAUUGAUCUGCUCAAAAGUAGGGUAAAAUUGGAGGGAUCAUUUUCAGAAGGAACAGGUCAAAUAAGGGAUGCAAAUGUUGACCUUGUCAAAGAAUGCCAGCGUGUCAAAUCUUUUUUAUCUCAUCUUAGUUGCAAAGCUGAUGCAGGACAUCAGCCAGGUGUGUCAUCAGAAGUGUCCAAUGAUGCUAUCUUUUUACAUCUUAAAGAAGCCUCACAAGAUUCAGACAGUAUAUUAUCUGAAGUCUCUUGUGAUGCCAAAAUGUCACAGUCACAUGAAUUUCCACAAGGAUUAGAUAUAGUUAAGGAAUUUAGCCAACUGCAAGCAUCCAGUCUACCCAGCCAGCAACAAAUAUCUAACCUUCCCAGCCCAGCACUUGUUUCCAACAUGCCCUGUGAACAUCCAGUCUUCAGGACACUAAGCCAGUCUCAUGCUUUUACCACACCAAGCCUUGUACAGCCAACUGGUGUACUUGGCACCUCCCAGAUGUCUAGCAUACCCAGUCACAUUCAGGUAUCCAGCACAUCCAGCCAGCCCAAGAUACACACCGUGCCAGAUAAACUUGGCACAUUGCAUGUGCUGGACAAGCUGCAGCCCAUCAGGAUAGAGUAUAAGUCAGACAGUUUGUCAUUGAAGCAGAGUCAGGAAGUGACAAAUUUGUGUUUCCUGCAGCAUGCACUUGUCAGGAAUCCUGUAAAUUGUCUACUAAUCAAGCUGAUAACAUAGAACAAAUCCUGAAACAAAAAGGAGAAAAUCAUGUUCAUGUUUACAAGCUUGAACAAUCAAAGGAAGUGGCUGUUGAGCACAGUGUUGAUAGGUGUGAAGUGCUGAUGAAUUGGUUUCCGCCAUCAGACAUUGAUAAAGAUGAACAUCUUUCCCAGUCACCUAAAUGUAUCUCCAAAGUCAAUAACUCUCACGAAGAUUGGUGCAUUAUGUCUGCUCCAGUACAAGUUAAAACGGAUUCAUUCAGAGACUCUAAAGCUAUCAAAGAUAAAAGUGUUUUUGGAGUCAGUGUCAGGCCAGGUCAUGCUAAUAGUCCACUGAACAGUUUGUCAGUCUCAACGGAUGACAGUGCUUACCACAGCAGUGUAGAAUCUUGCAGCUGGCAGGAGGAUGAUGUUUUCUUGGUUGUGGAGGACAAUAUUCACAUUUUUGAAAAUUCACAGUCUUUUUGUCCUUCACCAAACAGUCAUCAUACAAUGGGUGAGAUUUUGCCUUUAAUACAUGCUUUUAAACAGGGUAUAAAAAAUAUGUUUUCUAAAUCAAAGUCAGAGACUAGCGUCAAAGGGGCAAGUGCACAAUGUUUUGUGCCUUGUGUGAGCAGAUCUGUUUACAGUACAUUUCAAGUCAGGAAGUUUCCCCAGAGUAGUCUUCCUCAAGUGAAUGGAGGAAACGAAACAUUUCAAGAUGAUAAGUAUGCUAAAGCUGAAGAGUGGUUGGUCCAAGAUAAAGACAAGUCGCCUCCAAACCUCAUUUGUCAAAUAUCAGAUAAACAAACUGACAUUGACAAUACAACGAUCACGCAGAACUUUCCCACACAACAUAUGAUCGUCCAGUCAAGACAAGAAAACAAGCUGGCUAGAAAAUGUAGUAACCAAUUUAUUCCUUGUUCUGAUUUGCCUGAGAUCAGUUACAGUAAGUCACACUUACAUCAUAUUUCUGGUCACAAGAUGACCACCUCUGAGGCAUCUUCCAAAGAAAAAGAAUCAAGAUUUUCAGACUUUAUGCCAGCAUCUGUGAGAAAGUGUGAUGCUGUUGACACAGAUCUCUGUCGUUUUUAUCAUGUGUUCCGUGAAGGUGAACUAGACAGUCUGAUCACACAACAUGUGCCUGAACUAAAAAUUAUUCGUUCCUGCUAUGACCAUGCCAACUGGUGUCUGGUGGUGGAAAAGAUUUAACGCUUCUGCUGUUCCACUCAGAGUUCAGAUGUUCAGGAUUUCCUCUACCUUGCCCAUAUGAAAAAACAUUAGAUACUGUGGGAAUUGCUAGUAUCAAUGAAUUAUACAGCAGUAACAACUUAGAAUCAAUAUAGUUUAGUCUGUUUUUCUUUACAGCUUAAUAAAAAGUACAUUUAACCUGUAGAGGCCUGAUAAUUUAGCAAAUUUGUCUUUUUAACUCGGAUGCAGGGUUAGAUAUAGCAUUAAGGAUUACCUGCACCCUCUUGUUUAAAUAAUUGUAUAAUGACCUGAAAUUCAUACUCUUUAUAAAAAUGAGAAUAUGUAGUGGCCAAGUGAAGUGUAACAGUCAGAGAUAGGACACAGUAGGACAACCAGCAUACUGUGCCAACACCAAAAAUAGGAGCAUUACCAAUCAUCACUAUUGUGACUAAAAUGUUUCGUAAUGAUUGAGCUUCUGGACAUUCCUAAUGUAUCAGUAAGUUUUAGACUUGAAAUGUGUUGCAUUUCGUAAGUCCAUAAAAAAUGUUUUUACAUUAAACUAUGGCAAACUUUGUUUCUUAUGGCAUUAUUUUAAAUUGUAUUUCUAACAGGUCAAGUAUUUAUACAGCACAAUUGCAUAUAUUUUUCUGUAAAAGCAUAGUGCAAGAUGGUUUUGAUAAACCUUCAGUUUUCAAUCAUUCGCUUCAGAUUGACUGUUAAGAUGUGUUCAAGUGAAGAUAAUAUGUGUUACUAAUCUUUAACUGAAGGACCAGGGUUAAUUUUGUUCACCCUAAAGAAAUGUAAUGUUUAUGUGCAGGUCCACAUUUAGUUCGGAGUAGAUAUUGGCCUGAAAUUUAACUUGGAAACCUGAGAUGAAAGAGUGUUGGGAAUGAUCUAAUGUGCAUUUAGUACACGCAUAUCCUAAAAUCUGAAUUUUUAUCAAGUUUAUUUUGAAUUCAACAAUUUUUGUAUCUAUUGUCUUUUACAUAUUCAGCAAAAGAUCUCCACCAGUGAUACUAGUUUUGUCUUCUCUGUUUCGAUUGAUCAUCAAGUAUUUUUUUAAACAGGAUAUUUUUUUUCAAAAAGGCUAGUGAUUCAUAUUUUACCUUUGCUGGAAAUUAAGUUCUGCUUAAUAUUAUAUCACCAUUGAAAUAAAUAUGCAUCAACGUUAAUCAAUUUGCAUCUUUUCAUGUCCAGUAAUUUCUUGUCCACAUCAGUUUUAAAUAUCAUGUGAAGUGCAUUAUUGUUAAUCCCCUUUCUGAGUAUUGAACGACUGUGCUGCAGUUCCUUUUUUUUUUUUUGCAUUGUGAAUUUUCCUUUUUAAUGUCUAAAGUAAUUUGUAUGAGAACAAAGAAAGAUAACAAACAUUUACAGAAAAAAUGUAAGUUUAUUAAAUGUUUUUUUUCUUUGCUGGAGUAAGAUCUCUUUGCUUCCACUGUUAUUAAUUUUGUAUAAGUUGUUGCAUAAAAUUAAAAAUAUCUAAGUCAAAUUAAUUUUUUAAAGGUAUUGUAAAAAUGCAGUGCAAAGUCUUAAGAAUGUCUUGGAUUCCACUGGAUUCUUUAAUCAGGCAGCUUUGAUUUAUGACUUAGUUACAAUUACUUGUUAGAGAUUUCUAGAAUCUUUUGAGAUGACUGUCAAUAAACAUAUCUGGCAUGAAGUGAUCCUUAUUACAUCAGUUUCAAAAGAUUAAUGCACGUUUGUCUAGAAACAGCAAAUAGACACCAACAAAUCUUUUCUUCUAACUGCUAUGUUUUUAUAUCUUGUUUAUUUCUUCAAAUAAUAGUGAGAAUUUAUGAUGGAAGAGUACUUCCAAAUUGGUAUUCCUAGUCUAGAGGUAAAUGUUGAGAUCCAGGCAUUUACAAUAAAGCACAAUUCAGUGUUUUUAUAAAAAAAAUGUUUAUCACUAUGAAAAGUAAGGCGUUGGGGUUUAGUCUGGUUAAAUAAUUGAAAGCCUUCUGGAUAAAAUAAUUGGGAGAAGAUUUCUCAAAGUUCCCUUACAGAUAAACGCUAUUAAUUUCACUGACCUCAUGUUGAUAGGAAUGUUCAUUGUUUUUCACUGAUGUAAAAUAGAUGUGGUAAAAUCUGAGUACGCUGGCAUGUUAGGAAUAUUCAUGGAUGUAACAGGUGUAUAGUUGUUUGUACAGAGUUUCUCUUUGGUACAGAGAGGCUAGCCUAGCUAGAGACUUCUUGCACUGUAAGAAUUAUGGUGUCAGGGAGACCAAAGCACUGGAAAUAUUCUGCUUUAGUUUAUCUUGUCUUUUAGUUGUAAUAGACAUUCUUGGUCUACAGCUUUUCCAUAUGCAUUCUUACACUUAGCUAUUAUGUGACCAUGAACUUGUAUUACUGGACUGCUGGCAGAAGUUUUUUUCCAGUUAACUACUAAAACGAGGCAUGCUUGUACAAAGGUUCCAGUUUAUUCACAUUUCAGAUUAACUACCGAAAUGAGGCAUGCCUGUACAAAGCUUUGUUUAGGCUCGCCGAGACUAACAGCAGAGAACUUCACAAGAGGCUAAAUGUUCUUGGCAGACAGACAGCAAUCCACCUAUACACAUAUGCCUGUUCAAGUGGACUAAUAGUGAACAUUUGUUGGACACUUAUAUAAUUUUAGCACAAUUAUGAUUAUACACAUUUAUUUGUUAUAUAGGAAAGUUAGCAGUAGCUCUUGAUUGUUAACUAACAUAUUCAUGUUAUUGUGCCAAGCAAUGCGAGAUGUUUCACUCGGUUUAUUGAAAUGUCCACAGUCCUCCACCUUGUCACAUACAAUACUAUUGUACUCAGAAUUUGAGAAUAUGGGUUUUUCCAUGAUGAGCAAAAAUAUAAUGUGCUGAUAGAUUUAUGUUAGCACUGUGAUUUUGUUUGUAGAUCUGUGUGAUAUUGUCUGCAAAGAAAUUGUCAGGAGUGUUUAAUGCUGUGCUUUUAAUUGUGGCAUGGGUCUUGUUUCAUAAUAAAUGGUCGGUAUAGUUUAAAAUUAAAAUACAUUUGGGUAUUAUGUUAUAUAAUAAGAUGUUGUGGCUGAUAAAAGUAUUUAGUGUGGUAUUGGGCAGAGUGGUAUUGGUGUGAAUCUUAUGUGAGGUUUGUCAUCAUUUCUUUUUAAGUUGUAAACAAAUAAAGUAUCAACCAUU